AAUUAUAAAAAAUGAAACGAUAAGAUUCAGGCAGACCAAGCAAGAUUAGUUCAUCGUUUUCGAUUCUUAGCAAACUCUUCGAAGACAAUGGCGACCCUUAAAGUUCCUGCCCAUGUUCCACCUCCAUCUGAGGAUGCUGAGCAGCUCCACAAAGCUUUCCAAGGAUGGGGUACAAAUGAGUCUUUGAUUAUCUCCAUUUUGGCUCACAGGAAUGCUCCUCAGCGCAACUUAAUUCGACAGACUUAUGCUGAAGCUUAUGGGGAAGAUCUCCUUAUAGCUCUGGACAAAGAACUUUCCAGUGACUUUGAGAGGUCUGUAUUGUUAUGGACUCUGGAUCCUGCUGAGCGAGAUGCGUAUUUGGCUAAUGAAGCCACAAAGAAGUUCACUUCAAGCAAUUGGGUUCUCAUGGAAAUAGCUUGCACUAGGUCUUCUGUUGAGCUAUUUAAGGUGAGACAGGCAUAUCAUGCUCGUUAUAAGAGAUCCAUUGAGGAAGAUGUUGCAUAUCAUACAACUGGAGACUUCCGCAAGCUGUUGGUUCCUCUUGUGAGUGCAUUCCGAUAUGAGGGACAAGAGGUGAACUUGACAUUGGCAAAAUCAGAGGCUAAGAUACUUCAUGAGAAGAUCUCAAACAAAGCUUAUAAUGAUGAUGAGAUCAUCAGGAUCCUGUCUACUAGGAGCAAGGCACAACUUAAUGCGACACUAAAUCACUACAACAAUACAUUUGGGAAUGCCAUCAACAAGAAUUUGAAGGUUGACCCUAAAGACGAGUUCCUCAAAUUACUGAGAGCAACAAUCAAGUGUUUGACCUGUCCUGAGAAAUACUUUGAGAAUGUUCUGCGUCUGGCCAUCAACAAGCUGGGGACAGACGAAUGGGCUCUUACUAGAGUUGUUACCACCAGGGCAGAGGUGGAUAUGCAACGUAUUAAAGAGGAAUACCAUCGCCGAAACAGCGUUCCUCUGGAUCGUGCCAUUUCUGGAGACACUUCUGGAGACUAUGAGAAAAUGCUACUUGCCUUGAUUGGCCAUGGGGAUGCUUGAGCCAUUCCUUCUGGAUACAGAAUAAUUUUAUCAUUGUAUGAAAUGUUGUCUAUGCUGUUCCUAGUGUGAGUUAUCUUCUGCAGGUGGAUGGAUGUAUUGCUAAAUUUGGUUUCUUUUUUUCUGCAAUGUUUUUUGUACCAGGCAUCAUGGAAGUGUGGAAUGGACCAAGUGGGUGUUUUGUGUUAAAUAUAAAAUCAAUAUGUUA